GCAUACCGCGACAAGUCUCUUCAUGUCAUCCCUGAUUUACAUGUCGUCUGUGAGCCACAACCGCAAAAUUUAAAGAUGUCUUGUAUUGCAGCGUAGAAAAGUUGGAACGUAACGGAUUACUAUCAUGCAGGCACAAUGCGGUCGCUGGAAUACACGAGGGCAGAGUUGCAGGGUAGAGUUCCGCGGCGUAGUUGUGAUGCAGUGCAAUACACUGGAGGUAUGCAAGCCAAUCAUCUCUUCAUUUUACCUCCGUCGAUUUUCCUCUCAACUGGGUCUACCGAGAAAAAACGAGACUGCGCAGUCUAUCCGAUGCGGUCGAUUGUAUUUGACAGCAGAGUAUCGUUCCUCACCGAACCGUUCCGUCUCUCAUGCGGCAUGGUGUUGUUCCGCCUCAGGGGUGUCCAUGAAUAUCGAAAGCGCACAGGCGCCUACAAUCAAGCUGGCUCCGACGUAAUCCGAAGUCCCAAAAGUUUCUCCCAGGGCAAUCGCCCCGCACCCUGCGGCAAAUAGGGGUUCGGUCGUGAGAAUGAGAGAUGCAUCGGUAGCGGGUACCUCGGCAAAGGCAAUCGACUCAACCCAGAGGGCAAGGGCCGUGGUGAUCAAUCCCGUGUACAUGAUUCCUCCCAUGGCGGUCGUCGAGUGCAAAAUCGGAUCGAAAUCGGGGAGCCUCAGCGACAGAUCGGAAAAGCUUCCUCCGUGUAGCAACGGCGAAAAUUCGAACAUGAGAAAGGAUGCCGCCGUCACCACAGUGAGUUUGAUCGCCGAUACCGGAAGGGCGGUCUCGGGCUUUCUGGCCAUGAUGUUCUCGAGGAUCAGAUACCCCAUGCCAAAGCCAAUCGGUUGCGCAAAACUCAAUGCAUCCCCAAUCGUAGGACUCCCACCGGCUCCCUUGAGUUCCACAAUGGCAACCCCUACCACCGCCACGAGUGCCGGCACCAGGCGCUUCACAUCGAAUUUCGCGGAACCGAGUUGGUCAGAGGCAGCCUUCUGGACCCUCCAUAUCUCUGCGAUGAGCGCCACAAAUACACAGUGCAUGCUGCAAAUAACACAGGAUUUCGACGCCGUGGUAGAGAGCAACCCCAGCGUUUGUCCAAGGUAUCCAAAGGCUACCCACGAACCGCACACAAUCGAUUCCUUGAGGGUCUCCAUGUCCAUGACGGGGGUUCUGCUGUCGCUCUCGCCGUCGCUCUCUUUCCCCCGAACGACGGAUCGGAUCGCAAAGGGGGCCAGGGAGGCAGCGGCAAUCCCAAACCGACUCAGGGCGUACAGGGAAGAAUCCACACCAGGCUCGGCCAUGACCAGUUUGGCUGCGGCAAAAUUGGACGCCCACAGGGCACACAAGACCACAAUGACUCCCCUCCAGGCAACGGGUUCUAUCCAGUCGGGAAGACCCCCAGUGGUUUCCUCUGGUGGUGGAAAUGAGGUAGGGGAUGGAUCGACGAGGAAUUGCGUUUCCGAAAGCAGGGCUUCGGUCGACGCCGUUUCGUUCGCAGACGAUACUACAGACGAUGCGAGCGCCGAACUGCUCGAUAUUUCCGUCGUGGCGAGUAAUUCAUCGUUUGUGCUGGUAGAGGAUUGGAGGAGAUGGAGCCUUGUCGAAGCAGGAGAGACUUUUAUUAUUUGGCCCGGUGUUCGGUCCCUCGGUUGUGCUCGUGACAGCGAAUUGCUCGGUGAAAAGCCAUUGGUGGUUGCAAUGGCUACGGCACAGGAUAGAACGGUAGCAAGUUUCAUCAUUGGAGAAUAAAUAACUUGACAGUUGCGUCCUUCUAUCUACGGAUUGAAUGUGCAAUUAACUUCCAAAAGGCACUCCGAUUGCUCUGCUCUGGUGUCUCAGAUUGUGGUUGACAGGUGAGCGCGGUGAAAACAAGAGACACCGUGUGGUUUGGACGAACCAAAACUUCAACGAAACCAAUCGCCAACGCCUUUGUGUCUUUAAUGUCAGUAGGCACUGUACAGUAGUACGUGUAACGAAAGGUACGUACGAGCGUUCCGUGUAUGGUACCACAGGACCAUUCUCUUCGUCGGAGUGAUUUGCGCGGAGUAGCUACGCAAUCAGAAGUACUAUGUUUUACAGUACUUUGCGUGCACCCCAUCCGUAAUCGUACGGUGCCAAACAUCCUCCCAUCCAUUUCGCGGCAGACACACACCAGCUUGUACGAAAACGUGAUAAGUCGCUGACUCUCAAUACCAUUUUUUUGUUACCAGGUACGUUUGUUACCGUCAGCAUCGGUACCAGGUACGAGUAGCAGCCUACAAGCUCAGGCACUUCAGUCGUAAAAAUCCGAGCCAUGAAAUUUCAUUGAGUCGCAGAGAACCGUGGAAAGUGUUCCUGGUCAUUCCAUAUGACACACAAUCCAAUCGAAUCUUAGAAAAUUCAUGGAAGUCAAAAAUGAUACUGUAACGCGUGAAUCACUGGCUGUAUACACAUUCAAAAAGAAAAGCCUUCGAACCAUGGCUGACACCAAUUUUGCAUUUACACGCACGAAGUGAAUUUUCAUCUAUUGCCCUACCGUACGAUGUUACGGUACGUACGUACUCUGUGUUGUGGCGACAGUACGUACCAGUUAAUUCGAUAUAAAAUGCGUUAACCGUAAAAAGCCUACGGACAGGAAAAAAAGUAAUUUUACUUGAACUGAUUUACACCAAAAAUUAUUACUAGUAAUCAUCACGGUUAAUUUUGUUAAU